CCAAUGACACUCGCAGCUUCCUUGAAGUUUCAUUGGAUAAAAUCUGCAUUUAACUAGCUAUUUGCAGACUUUUGCUAGACCAGCCACUGAUCUUCUUCCCUUCUCAGCUUGAGUUAAUUAGUUUUCAUUCAUUAUGGCAAAGUACGAUGGAGAAGAGUUGCACAUUUUCAACUAUGACGUUUUCAUCAGUUUCAGGGGUGAAGAUACAAGGCACACCUUUGUAAAAAUUCUUCACAAAGAGCUCAAACGAAAGGGGAUCAGAACUUUCGUUGAUGAUGAGAUGCUUAAGGCUGGGAACGUUAUUUCACCUGCUCUUUCCAAAGCCAUUGAAGAAUCCAUGGUUUUAAUUAUAGUGCUUUCUAAGAACUAUGCAUCUUCUACUUGGUGUCUUGACGAGCUCGUCAAGAUUUUAGAGUGUUCAAGGAGGGGUAAUCAACAACUUGUUUACCCAAUUUUUUACCAUGUAGAGCCCUCCCAUGUACGCCAUCAAAAGGGGAAAUACGGUGAAGCAAUGGCAGCACAUGAGAAAAAAUAUGGCAUAAACUCUGACAGAAUUCGAACAUGGAGGUCAACUUUUGUUCCUGUAUGGAACCACAGACUAAAGGCUAACCAGUUUAGAGAGCAAACGAAAGUAACAAAGUGAAUAAAAAUGCGUGAAAUGAUAGGUCUCCACCGCUUGGGCGGUCCUCUUUUAUUUAUAGCUUGGGUUUUGGUCCGGCUGGACCAUGGGUUGCCCGACCCAUUAGUUACAUGAUAUUGAUUAGCCCAUUCGGUCCGCCCA